CAUGAACCACAUGCCCCCCUAUUUCCGCCAGUGCUCUUAGCCACCUCGGCCAUCCAGAUCGACAUUGCGAAUGUAACGAUAUAAAUAGGAAUCGGAUUAUUUGGAAUUUGCGUUUUGUUAACGUUACGUGCUAGAAAUAUAAAAUGCGGGGACGACUCUAAACUCAUACGACAUAUACGGCGUCAUAUACAUAUGACUCAUACGACUCAUACGGCGUCUGGAUCAACGCCGGUUUCCCUUAUCCGGUGUAGAUGCUGCCCAAUCCACAGGAUGUCUUUCAAGAAGAACGCGGCGUCCGUCCGGAGCUGGGAGGCAGAAGGCGUUUCCAUGUUUCCGCGCGUCGCGGCCGCGGUCCUAAUGCGUGGGUUGUGUUCGCCCCUUUACGGAGCCCCUACGUCAGCGCUAUCAGAUGGGGCGCGCCACCUAAUCCCCAGCGCCGGAUAACUGCGGCGGCGGAGGCGCGAGUUAUGGCCGCGGCCGACAUUGGGCCGAAAUGUCCAAACGACGCUCGUAAAAAUUAA